AUGGAUGAAGGUGAUUCAUCGUCAGAUGACGACUACGUGCCAUCAUCAGAAGGUGAAGAUGUGGAGCAUGAUGAUUCGGAACCUGAGGCUAGCGAUACGAAACAUCCGGAUAAUGUCGGUGAACAUAAUGACGAUUUCGAAGAUACCGUUGCUCCCUCUAGUAGCACGGGCAGACAUAAAAGCUGUGAACCAAUAGUGUGGGUGAUAAUUAUGUUUUUGAUAAAGUCGUUGUUUUGGUUUUCAUCUGAUCUAUUACCGUUGCCACUGAUUUCCAGUAGCAGUGGUGAUGCGGGCAGUAAGGAAAUGGAAAGUGAAGAAGAACGAAAACGACGGAUUGACGCACUCUUCGAUGAUUUCAUUUCGGGUUCGUCAUCAUCUCAACAACAGCCAACAUCCUCUGCAGUCACCACCGAUGAUAAGGACCGUAUCGAUAAUAGUAUAGCAAAGCCGGAUUCUGUAGAACCAACAAGUGCAACAGAUAAUCAACUAAGCAAUCAGACGGUAACGAGCGACGUCAGUAAAGAUGUUCCGUCGACGGAGGAAUCAAGCUCGUGU